CCAGAGGUGGCCCAGCUCCUCGCCCCUCCGCCACUCUCAGGCACCCCUCCAUCGCCUGGAGGCUGCUGCCCACGUCGGGCCACCCGUGGCCCUGGGCCCAUCUCCUACCACCCAGAUCUGCAGACCCCAGGAAGUCCCCCACCCGUGCCCCAGUGGAGACCUCCAAGCUGUCUCAGGGAUCAGAGCCCAGCGCUGGCCCACAAAGCACGCUGAGUGGAGGGGGAUUUCUACCCCAAAAGAAAGGCCUGGGCGUGGCGCAAGAGCCGGCCACCCUCAGCCACAAGCCAAGCGAGGCCAGAGGCCCUCAGCAUCCCCAGCCGCACCAGCCUUCCUUGCGGACCAGGCUCACGUCGCCCCCUUACCUCUGUCCACUCACCCCAAACGUUUGCCAAGCACCCCUCACCCAGCACCCCAGGCCCCUUGCUGCUUGACACCCACUGCAGGGCAGGGGGAGAGGACACACCCUCGGCUGCCCCACCGGUGCUCUCACUGGCUGGGUCCUGAUGGGCAGGUCGGACCCGCCCCCAGGACAGGUGCCUGUGAGGCAAAAAGCAGGCCAAGGCAGCCCCUGAGGAGCCUCCGCUAUCCGCCAUGAAGGGGAGAGGCGCCCUCCUGCUAGUGGCACCCACCUUGCUCUGCACCUGUGGCUGGCCACGGGGGAGGACAAACGAGGUUUUCAUCGACUUCCUGCAAACGCUGCCGGUGGGAUCCGCAGAGGAGCUCCAUGAGCGGCCCCUGGGCAAGUACGACGUCAGCACAGAUGCCAAGGCAGCGGUAACCGAGCUCAAGUCCUGCAUAGACGGCCUGCAGCCCAUGCACAAGGCGGAGCUGGUCAAGCUGCUGAUACUGUGGCCAGGGCGGCACCCCACUCCCUAAAGGUCUGCAGCCCUAGCAGGACCCACGGUCCUACACCCCAGGCCCUCCACCAAAUGCCAUAGCCCCUCAUCACCCACCCAG